AUGGCACCCGAACUUAGCUAUCGAGAUGAGAAGAAGCUGCGUACGUUCAUUCUCCUCGCCUUGGCCACCUGUGCCUUUGGUCAUCCUACCACCAGCUACACUCUCGCCAGUAACCUUGGUUACGGACUCGGCUAUGGCAACCUCGGCUAUGCUGGCCUUGGCUACGGUGGCCUUGGGCUCUCCCAUUAUGGCCUUUCCCAUGGAGUUGGGUACUCCGGCCUUACUGGCUAUGGCGUUGGUUACGGACAUGGAUACGUCCCAGCCGCUAGCUACGCCGUCGCCGCACCAGCUGUUACCCGCACCGUUUCCACCUACCACGCCGCUCCAGCUGUGACUGCCGUCCACGCUGCUCCAGCUGUGACCGCUGUCCACGCUGCCCCAGCUGUCGCCACCUACGCUACCGCCCCAGCUGUGACCAGCGUUGUCCGCUCCGCUCAAGUUGUUGCUGCUGCCCCAGCUGUCACCAGAGUGGUGCAGUCCGCUCCAGCUGUCACCUACGCUGCCGCCCCAGCUGUCACCAGGGUGGUCCAGACCGCUCCAGCUGUCGCCUACGCUGCCGCCCCAGCUGUCACCAGGGUGGUGCAGUCCACUCCACUUGUCCAGACCUAUGCUGCCGCCCCAGCCGUAACUCGUGUCGCCACCUAUGCUGCCCCCGCAGUGACCAAGGUUGUCCAGUCCGCUCCUCUUGUCCAGAGCUACGCUGCUGCCCCAGCCGUGACCGCUGUCCACGCUACUCCAGCUUUCGCUGCCGUCCACGCUGCCCCGGCUGUUACUACCGUUGCCCACGCUGCUCCAGCGGUUGCUACUUACGGAGUCGCCCACGCUGCCCCAGCGGUCGCUACCUACAGCGUUGCUCACGCUGCCCCAGCCCUCGCUACCUACGGUGUUGCCCACGCCGCACCAGUCCACUACGGUUAUGGCGUUGGCUCCCUGGGAUACGGUACCGGUCACUAUGGUUACGGCCAUGGUCUGCUCGGCUACGGCCUGAACUACGGCUACGGUCUUGGCUCUCCUCUGAGCUACGCCACCCUCCUCCGCAAGAAGAAGUCUCGGGAGGCGGGCGGUCAGGUGGGCUGGUGGCAGUGCCCAUUUGAGUUUCACGGUCUUGAAGUGCUGCGUACCUGCAUUGUCUUCGCCUUGGCCACCUGUGCCUUUGGUCAUCCUACCACCAGCUACACUCUCGCCAGUAACCUCGGUUACGGACUCGGCUAUGGCAACCUCGGCUAUGCCGGCCUUGGCUACGGUGGCCUUGGGCUCUCCCAUUAUGGCCUUCCCCAUGGAGUUGGGUACUCCGGCCUUACUGGCUAUGGCGUUGGUUACGGACACGGAUACGUCCCAGCCGCUAGCUACGCCGUCGCCGCACCAGCUGUUACCCGCACCGUUUCCACCUACCACGCCGCUCCAGCUGUGACUGCCGUCCACGCUGCUCCAGCUGUGACCGCUGUCCACGCCGCCCCAGCUGUCGCCACCUACGCUGCCGCCCCAGCUGUGACCAGCGUUGUCCGCUCCGCUCAAGUUGUUGCUGCUGCCCCAGCUGUCACCAGGGUGGUCCAGUCCGCUCCAGCUGUCACCUACGCUGCCGCCCCAGCUGUCACCAGGGUGGUCCAGACCGCUCCAGCUGUCACCUACGCUGCCGCCCCAGCUGUCACCAGAGUGGUGCAGUCCGCUCCACUUGUCCAGACCUAUGCUGCCGCCCCAGCCGUAACUCGUGUCGCCACCUAUGCUGCCCCCGCAGUGACCAAGGUUGUCCAGUCCGCUCCUCUUGUCCAGAGCUACGCUGCUGCCCCAGCCGUGACCGCUGUCCACGCUACUCCAGCUUUCGCUGCCGUCCACGCUGCCCCAGCUGUUACCACCGUUGCCCACGCUGCUCCAGCGGUUGCUACUUACGGCGUCGCCCACGCUGCCCCAGCCGUCGCUACCUACAGCGUUGCCCACGCUGCCCCAGCCCUCGCUACCUACGGUGUUGCCCACGCCGCACCAGUCCACUACGGCUAUGGCGUUGGCUCCCUAGGCUACGGUACCGGUCACUACGGUUACGGCCAUGGUCUCCUCGGUUACGGCCUGAACUAUGGCUACGGUCUUGGCUCCCCGCUGAGCUACGCCACCCUCCUCCGCAAGAAGAAGUAAAUUUACCUCUUCCUUACCAUUGGAUCGUACUGACGGCACACAUCAACGGAGCAGUUUGCGUCGAGAUUUCAAUCAAGUGUAUUGAUUGUCG